AUGUCUGACGUUGAGGAAGUUCAAGUCGAGGAGCCAGUUGUCCAGCAAGAGCUCCAGUUGGUCGAGUUGGCCACCCCAAUCCCAGCCGAGAUCCAGGCUGCUCAGCAGGAGAUCAAGUUGUUCAACAAGUGGUCUUUUGAGGAUGUUGAGGUCAAGGACGUUUCCCUCGUUGACUACAUCCAGAUCAGACAGCCAGUGUUCGUUUCCCACACUGCCGGCAGAUACGCUUCCAAGAGAUUCAGAAAGGCCCAGUGCCCAAUCAUCGAGAGAUUGACCAACUCCUUGAUGAUGAACGGUAGAAACAACGGUAAGAAGUUGAAGGCCGUCAGAAUCAUCAAGCACGCUUUGGAGAUCAUCCACGUGUUGACCGAGCAGAACCCACUCCAGGUUGUUGUUGACGCCAUUGUCAACUCCGGUGCCAGAGAAGACUCCACCAGAAUUGGUUCUUCUGGUACUGUCAGAAGACAGGCUGUUGAUGUGUCUCCAUUGAGAAGAGUCAACACCGCCAUUGCCUUGUUGACCAUUGGUGCCAGAGAGGCUGCUUUCAGAAACAUCAAGUCGAUUGCUGAAUGUUUGGCUGAGGAGUUGAUCAACGCCGCCAAGGGUUCUUCCACCUCUUACGCCAUCAAGAAGAAGGACGAGUUGGAGAGAGUCGCCAAGUCCAACCGUUAA